CGUGGCUUAAUAAUGCCUCUAGCAGCCCAGCGAGAAGGGUUGAUCUUCCUUACGUCUACAUUAGUUAAUGUGGUUUUCAGCCUAAAGCGAACUGAUUUGGACUGAUUGCGUUACAUUCCAGAAAUUAAAUGUAAUCUAGGAAAUAAAAAAGUGCAUUAACAGAUUGACAAUAGAAAGAAGGCUCCACCAUUCGUGCUGAGGAAUGUCCAGAUUGGUCCUGCUGCUGUUUAAAGACGGUGACGAGGAAUGGCCUUGCAGGCGUCCCCCUUUCCUAACAGGCUUGUCGCAGGCUUCCAUGCAGUCGGGUGGGCGUUAGUCCUGCCUUGUUUCUGGAGCCUUAGCCACAUCAUUGCUGUGUGCAAAUCCACUACCCAGGAGCAAGCUCAAAGGGCGGAGCAGGAGUGCUACCUUCACCCUCUCAAAGUCUUUUUUGGCUUCAUUUUCUUCCUGAUUCUUUUUGUCAUCACGGUCCCUUUGGCCUUUCUGGGCUUCUUGCUCUGGGCGCCUCUUCAGGGCUGCCGACGGCCGUUUUACUACCACAGAGAGGCCCCGUCUUCACCAGAGAGGGAGUCGCAUAAAGGCUUUGAGCUAGAGGGCAGGGCUUCGUUCGGUUUUGCCACAGCAAAUUUGUGUCUUCUGCCAGAAGGUCUGGCUCGUUUCAACAACCUGGGAAACACUCAUCGAAGAGCUUCUGCCAUCGGUCAGCGCAUUGUACAGGGCGUGUGUCGGCCCCAUAUCAAGAUCUACGUGGACUCGCCCAGUAGCUGUGGUACGCUCAGCCCCUCAAACAGCACCCUCCCUGCACCCAACUCCAAAAGAGAGGCUUCUGCAGGUAGGCAGUCACAGCCACCGGCCAGUCGCCACGGCGACUCAACAGAAAGACCGGUCCGUGUGGUUCCUGAAGCCUGCGAUGAAACAGAAGUUCUGCUGAGUGAAACGCCCAAUUCCAAUCAGAACUCGAACCAGCAGGAUAAGACACGCUGCAGGAGUGCCCCCCGCGCCUUCCUCUCCCAGGGUCUGCAUCAGAAAGACGACGUCCCGUGGGAGGUCUCGUCGUUGUUUCCGCCGAAUAUCGAUAUUUUGUGCUUGGAGGAAGUGUUUGAUAAGAGGGCGGCCCAGAAGCUCACCAAUAUCCUGAAACCUGUUUUUGGACACAUACUGUAUGACAUUGGUGUGUAUGCCUGCCAACCCCCAUGUAGGUGCACUUCUUUUAAGUUCUUCAACAGUGGCCUGUUCCUUGCAAGCAGGUUCCCGAUACUUAAGGCCCAGUAUCAUUGGUUCCCCAACAGCAGAGGAGAAGAUGCUCUGGCUGCCAAAGGCCUCCUCUCUACUAAGGUACUAAUUGGGAAGAACCAAAAGCAGAAUAAGGUGGUCGGUUACUUUAACUGCACGCAUCUUCAUGCUCCAGAAGGUGAGGGGGAGAUUCGCUGCCUGCAGUUGGACAUGGUCACCAAGUGGAUUGGAGACUUUCGGGAAGAAAACAAACAGCCAGAUGAAGAGGUUGUUUUUGAUGUUCUAUGCGGGGAUUUCAAUUUCGACAACUGUUCGCCUGACGAUCAUCUGGAACAGAAUCACCAUCUGUUUGAGGAGUACAGAGACCCAUGCAGAGCAGGACCUGGAAAGGAGAAGCCCUGGGUUAUUGGUACUCUUCUGGGGCAGCCCACUUUGUAUGAUGAGGAUGUGAACACCCCGGAAAAUCUACAAAGAACGCUGGAAAUAGAUGAGCAGAGGAAACAGUACAUUUCUCCUCCUGUUCCGGCUGCUGGUUCUCCACUGGUUUAUCCAGAGACCGGUCAACCAUGGAUCGGCCGAAGGCUGGACUACAUUCUUUACCGUGAACGCUCCAUCUCAAAGCACUGCAGAACAGAAAUUGAAGAGGUAACUUUUAUAACACAUCUGGCUGGACUUACGGACCAUAUUCCUGUGGGCUUGAGACUGAAUAUUAUUAUGGACUCUGACUGUGUAGAAGAAUGAUGACAAUCAAGCAAUGUUUACAACAAAUUCUAAAAUGUUCUCAGGUGUGAAAUGUUUUGCAUGCUUAAAUUUUGUAUGUUUGGUGAUCGAACCUUUUUAUGGAUGAUUUAAAGUUCCUUUAACCCUAGCUAAGAAAAAAUUGUACAAAACAUGUAUAUCUAGACAUAUAGAUAUCUAAACAAAAAAAGGACAUGUGUUUAACAUAUUUUCAAAAAUAAUGUUGAUGGUUUACUAUAUUUUAUAUAUUUUUAGGAUUUUGCACACCUGCAAUUUUUCCUAUGGAAAUAAAAUUUAAAAACAAAAACUAUUUUAAUCUUCCACUAAGUGUUGAGUUGUCCUUGAAUACAGCAGGAGGAAAAUACAAAAUAAAAUGCCAAAGAAAUUGUAGAAUAAUCAAUAAAAUAAUAGAAUAAUCGUGUGUUCACAA